AUGACGGACGUUGCAUCUAUGGAGGUGGAGGUAAAGGAGUUUAUGCUACAGCUCGAAACGGUACAGUCCAGCUUGCAGGUCGACCCUGAUAACACAGAACUUCAGAGUCUAAAAACAGAGCUGGAAGAACUCAUAGCACUUACCAAACAAUCCAUCGACGAGCUACGACCCCCCACCGAGCCUCUGCCAGCCCCAGAACCGGUCAAGGAGAAGUGGUCCAAGGAGAAUCAUCCCGCGUACCAGGCUGGAUACCGCAAACCAACCCCAGCAGCUCCGACAGCCGCCGCAGACGCUACCCCACCGCAGGAGGAGCAGACUCAGCCGGCCUCGUUCUGCGUUAACGACAACGUCCUCGCCCGCUGGACGUCGGGUGACGGCGCUUUUUACCCUGCUCGCAUCACUUCCCUUACUGGCUCAGCCACCAAUCCCAUCUACAUCGUCUCCUUCAAGUCAUACUCCACUAUUGAGACCUUGACGGCAAAGGAUAUUCGCCCUCUCUCUGCUCCUGACUCGAAAAAGCGAAAAGCUGAUAAUAUAUCCUCAUCACCAGGCAGUUUAGCCCCCAACAACAUCAACAGUUCGAGUACGGGUCAUGACAGUAGCACCGGUUCACAUGUAGGCGCCGAAUCCAGUGUUAUCUCAGCUGCAGCUGAUAUCAACCCCGACCUCGCCAACCAGGCAAGGAUUGUGGCCGGCCAGAACGAUGGCUUACCACGCCCGUCAAAGGCCGCUCGCAAAGUGAAACGGAAGAAAGACUUGGAAGCCGGCAAGAACAAGUGGCAGGACUUUACGAGCAAGAGUAAAUUCGGAAAGGUCAAGAAGGAAUCCAUGUUUAGGACACCAGAAGGAAUCAAUGCAAGAGUUGGCUUUACCGGUUCGGGGCAGCAGAUGCGCAAGGAUCCCACCCGCAGCCGUCACACUUAUAGUCAAGAAGAUGACGUCUACUAG